AGGACCCGGACGUGCGUGCCCCCCAGGUUUGGCUCUCGGAGGCCUCGGGCUGAGAAUGGCCCCAAGAGGGAAGAGUACAGGGAGGAACAAGAAGAGUGCGGCGGAGGGGCAGAGCCCAGACCUCGGCGGCGGUGGGCCUGUGCAGGGAGACUACCUGGUGGGACAGGUGGCCGACAGCUUGGCCCACGGCGGGCGCCGCCCCGGGCGGCUGGCGGCCCUCUUCUGCUCCGGGGAGCUACAGCGUCAGCCGGUGUACCUGCCCGUGCCCAAGGAAACCACCAAAAAAAGGAAACGGGAUGAGGAGGAAGAAAGUACAUCCCAAAAUCAAAGACCACUUUUGCAAGAACCUGCAAAAAAAGUAAAAGUGAAGAAACUUUCUGAUGCAGACAAAAAGUUGGCAAGCAGAGAAAAUGCUCUAGCAAGUGCUGAUUUAGAAGAAGAAAUUCACCAGAAACAAGGGCAGAAAAGGAAAAUUUCUCAAUCUGGUGUUAAAGUAGCAGAUAAAAAAAUACUUGAUGAUGUAGAUCACAUGGCUGUCAGUCAAAGGAAGAAAAUUCAGAUCAACCAAGAAGAAGAGAGGUUAAAGAAUGACAGAACUGUGUUUGUGGGGAAUUUGCCUAUCACAUGUAAUAAAAAGAAGCUGAAGUCAUUUUUUAAAGAAUAUGGACCAAUAGAAUCUGUACGAUUUCGUUCUGUGAUUCCAGCAGAGGGAACUAUGUCCAAAAAGUUGGCUGCAAUAAAACGUAAAAUUCAUCCUGAUCAGAAAAAUAUUAAUGCUUAUGUUGUAUUUAAGGAUGAGAGAGCUGCAACUAAAGCAUUGAAUAGGAACGGGGCCCAGAUUGCCGAUGGAUUCCGUGUUAGGGUUGAUCUUGCCUCAGAGACCUCAUCUAGGGACAAACGAUCAGUGUUUGUGGGGAACCUCCCGUACAAAGUUGAAGACUCUGCGGUUGAAGACCACUUUUUGGACUGUGGAAACAUCGUGGCAGUAAGGAUUGUGAGAGACCAACUGACAGGUGUCGGCAGAGGGUUUGGCUAUGUGCUCUUUGAGAAUACAGAUGCUGUUCAUCUUGCUCUGAAAUUAAAUAAUUCUGAACUGAUGGGAAGAAAACUCAGAGUCAUGCGUUCUAUGAAUAAAGAAAACAUAAAACAAAAUUCAAAACCCAGUUUGAAGAAUGUUAGUAAACCUAAGAAGGGACUUAACGUUGCUUCAAAAAAUGUAGGACAUCCUAAAAGUUUAUUUAUUGGAGAAAAAGCUGUUCUUGUCAAGAAGAAAAAGAAAGGACAGAAGAAAAGUGGACGAACUAAGAAACAGAAGUAGCAAUUUGAAGCUUUU